AGUGGAUGAAGAUGCAGUGGUGAGCGACAAAGUUAAACUUCACGCUAUCCAUUUCUGUGCCUAGCUAUUCUUCGUUCCCCCUCUUUUGGCAUAUUCUUCUCCUGCAUGAUAAGAAACUUUGGCGAUGGCAUUCGCUUAUAUCUCUCCAUUGUCCAUUAAAUCCCUCAACAUCUCCACCUCAUCCUCAAAAUCUCCAUGCCAUCAGAUCCCACACUCUAAGCCUUUUCACAUAGUUUCUCAAUUACAUACACAAAGAGGAGACCAAUUUCUUGAUUGCUCCACAACUAGGUACAAGGUCGAUAGUUCUAAAUCCAACAACUGGAGAACACUAGUUUCAAUUGCAUUGGCAGCUGCAGUUGUUAGCUUUGGCUCAGGUUUGCCUGCUGUUGCUGAUCUUAACAAGUAUGAAGCUGAGAUUCGUGGUGAAUUUGGUAUAGGAUCUGCAGCUCAAUUUGGUUCUGCAGAUCUGAGGAAAGCAGUGCAUGUGAAUGAAAAUUUCAGAAGAGCAAAUUUCACAGCUGCUGAUAUGAGAGAAUCUGAUUUUAGCGGUUCAACAUUUAACGGUGCAUACCUGGAGAAAGCAGUUGCAUACAAGGCAAAUUUUACAGGUGCUGAUUUGAGUGACACCUUGAUGGAUCGAAUGGUUCUCAACGAGGCCAACCUCACCGAUGCUGUGCUUGUUAGAUCGGUUCUCACUCGCAGUGAUCUUGGAGGUGCUAUUAUUCACGGUGCUGACUUCAGCGAUGCCAUUUUAGACCUUCCCCAGAAGCAGGCCCUUUGCAAGUAUGCAAAUGGAACAAAUCCAAUAACUGGAGUAAGCACCAGAAGCAGCUUGGGUUGUGGAAACAGCAAACGAAAUGCUUACGGUAGCCCAUCUUCUCCUCUUCUAAGUGCUCCACCACAGAAACUGCUAAACCGUGAUGGUUUCUGCGAUGAUGGCAGUGGACUCUGCGAUGCCAAGUGAUUCCAGGGAUAAUUGAUUAAUAUCAGGAGACUAAGCUUUCCCUUAUCUAUGUAAAUAGAUGCAUCACCAGGUCCAAAGUCAAAACGCUGCGUAAUUCACAGCUCUGGAUAAUUAAUACAACUUCUAUUAAGUUAGGAAAAAGCUAGAGAAACAACAAGCAUCGGUUAUUUGUGUUUCACAAAUUGUGAGGAGAGUUUUCUAAUUAAAUAUAAUCUUACAAUUUCUAUGCA